AUGAUUGCAGCAGUGGAAUCGGUCAUUAAUCAGACGGAAGCGGCUGAGGAGACGAAGAAUCUUAUCCGACACCAAGUUACGUCCCUCCUUAUGACUCACAAGCCGCGCGAAACUCUUACAAAGGUCGAACGCGAUGCACUAAGAGACCUCAAGACCGACAAGAACAUCGCCAUUGUGCCCGCGGACAAGGGGCGUUCCACCGUCGUACUGGACAGAACAGACUACUUUCAGAAGGCCAAAAACCUACUGGAGGAUCGCCAGUUCUAUGUCCCAUGUGAAACCAAUCCCAUAAAAACGCUGACACGCGAAAUUAAUGCAACACUGUUGGCACUGGAGAACUCGGGUGCAAUAACAGCGACCGACCGACACAUGGCGAGAGCUCAAGAAACGGCUUUGGCCCGAUUCUAUGGUCUUCCAAAGGUGCACAAGGAGGGCGCUCCUCUCCGGCCCAUUGUUUCGCUCAAAGGCACUCCAACGUACGGACUGGCAAGAUAGCUGUUUCGGCGCCUCAAAUUUCUGACUGCUGAUUCGGACACCACGGUCUGUUCGUCAACGCAAUUCCCGGAGAAGCUUAAAGGAGUAAGUCUCUUGCCCAAUGAGGUCAUGGUAUCUUUUGAUGUCACGUCCAUCUUUACUUCUAUCCCCCAGGAUCUGGCAAUCGAGACCGUCCAGCUACUCCUACGAAACAAAUACGAUGAAACGGAGAAUCGUCUCGGACAUGCACAAGUCCUUCAGCUCCUAAAGUUCUGUCUCAGGACGUACUUCACGUUUGACGAAACAAUCUACGAGCAAGUGAAGGGAGCAACAAUGGGCUCGCCGAUUUCGGGAUUCAUUGCCGAGGCGGUGCUACAGCGGUUGGAGUCGCUGGUCUUCCAACACCACAGACCGAAAUUCUGGGCUCGGUAUGUGGACGAUACCUUCGUCGUCAUCGAACGAGAUCAGGUGCUAACGUUCAAAGAACGUCUCAACAGCGUCUUCCCGGACAGACAAUUCACGAUGGAGGAGGAAGAGAAUAACCAGCUGGCAUUCCUUGAUGUCCUCGUCUGUCGCAAAGACUGUGGUGGCCUAAAGACCAAAGUGUUCAGAAAAGCAACGAACACGACGCAAAUUCUGAACUUCAACAGUAACCACCCAAUCUGCCACAAACGCAGUUGCGUAAGAACGCUAUUUCGGCGUGUUGAAACGCAUUGAAUUGAACCGGAAGACAAGGUUGCCGAAUCCCAAUAUCUUCGACGGGUUUUCCGAGAAAACGGUUACCUGCGCAACUUCGUCAACCAGUGCUUGCGCAAACGAGACGAGCGACAAAAUCGCGCCGACCCCAAAUUCUGGCGAGCGAUCCCGUACAUCAAGAACGUCUCCGAGGCCGUUAGUCGCCUUCUUGCAUCACUUGGGGUUGAAGUUGGGCACAGACCGGAGGCCACCAUGAGGCGUCAAGUGAUGAGACCAAAAGACCCACUGCCACGGCAAGAAACAUCUGGAGUCGUUUACCGGAUCUGGUGCAGUUGCGGACAAAGCAACUACGUCGGAGAAACUGGAAGACUGCUCCGGACGCGAAUUGCCGAACACGUGGCAGCUGUACGGAGAAAUGACGUCAACUCUCAGGUCGCGGCCCAUUCGACGAGACCCGGCCACACAUUCCAGUUCGAUGAGGCCGAAAUUCUCUGGAGAGAGGAUAAUCGCGUGAGCCGCGAGUUGCUUGAGUCAUGGUUCACGGGACCUCAGUCUAUCAACAAGUGCAACGUCAUCCCCACUCCAUAUUCUGUCCUGAGGCAUAGACUGGCCAAAGCAAUUCACCACUCGAGGAGCGCGCAUGCACGUGAGCCAGAUGGCCGAGCAAUCAUCACGCCAGCAUCCAACACGGGUGAUGAGAUGUCAGCAAUUAACAACUUGCAUGUCGGCCAUCAAGCAAUUAGCGCACCAGCGGGCAACAAUCCUUGAUGAAGGGAGCACGGUUAAUUGCUGUAGGUAUGCGGUAGCAUGGCGACCGCAUCCUAUAAAUACUGCGACUGCCUAUACACUAGCCACCCUUUUCUGCAACUGUCUCUGAUGAUGGAUUCAAGAGAGAAUCCGAAACGUCAGGCGAAUAAAGCCAUUGUUCCAGAGAUCGCUUAUUCUUCUGAUCAACUAGUUCCUGGAACUCGCAUUUUCGCUUGUAUCGGCAAUGUUUACGUUGAAUUUCAUUCAUCAUUUCACCGUCUGUACGCGCAAGUUCUCUACGUACUCUGGCUGUGUCUUAUUACCUUAUUCUUUUAUCAUUCUCUAACGUUUAUGGUCGUUUGCUUAGCGCGCUAUUUCCGAUUUGACUUCCCGUAUUAGAUCAGUUACUGAGAUAACGAACAACAGUGGCCCAACAAUUUGUCUCUGUGCGUUUUGAAUGUUAAAAGAUGCCCAUUCUGAGCAGGAGCCACCCGCAAUUACACUUUGUCUUCGACCGUUUAAGAAGUAUUUAGUCUGGUUCAGAAGAUUUCCUCCUAUCCCUACUUCUGACAGCUUUUGGUCGCCACAAAAAUACGGGACGCAAUCGAUAGCCUGGCUGAAAUCACAGUAUAUGACUUCACCCGGAUGUCCAUUAUCCAUGCGCCAAAAACGUUAGCAGGGUAUUGAAGCAGGACCUCCUUUCACAGAAGCCAUAUUGAACUGAACAUAUAUGACAGCGAAAUUUUUCGAGUAACCUCAUAGAUUUUAAUUUAUCUAUAACAACAGCUUGCAGCAAAUGCAUGCCAAAAUCUUCGGCCAGAAGUCGGCACGAUAUUACAGUGAUCGUUGUCAACCUCCGUGUCAGGUAACUUGCCAUCCUCCAGCGAUUUUCGGAAAAUCAAAGAUAGUGGUUCUUCAGCUAAGUGAUGUAUACCUGGAAUCUCAUCCGAUCUAUGUGAAUUGGCAAGAUCCAGCUUACUUAACUUUGCCGAACAUAGCUUCCUUUUAAUAAAACUAUUUUUAUAAGUGGUUGGAUGGAGUGCUUUGGUAGAGUACAGGUCUAAUGGGGUGAUUCCAGAGUAUAGACCCUUAGAAAAGGCUCUAAAAGAAGUCCAUGCUCUUAAAAGCCAUCUCGCGCAAUAUGGCUAUUUUGUACUGUAAGGCUUACAUAUAUUCUCGGUUUUUUGUAUUGCUCCUGAUGUAUCAAUAAAAUGCAUUAAACUUUUGUUCUGUUUCUUCUAGCAGCUUUAGUUUAUAAGAAGCACGUACUCCACCGAUGAGUUUUUUGCAUUUCGUUUCGUUGUUGUCUAACUUUUUGAAGUUUUCUGGAUUCUCCGUUUGUAAGAAUGUUUUCCGCAACCUGCGUUGUUUUCGGAUUCCGUUCAUAACCGAUGGUAUCAACCAUUUCUGUUUGUUACCGAUUGGAUGAUUCUGGAGGUAGGACAGUAUUGUUUUGUGAAGUAUAUCAUAGAUGAUUCGAAGGUUGUUCAGCAUGCGUUGGCGUCGCUUUGUUGUAGUGGAAUGAUCAGCAUUACUCAGACCAUUUUUUCUGAAUUUCACCGAGAGCUUCCGAGACGGGAUUUGGAAAAUGCAGUACUAUGUCAGUCUGGUGGUACGCGUGAGCUCGCUGAAACCAUUUUAAAUUUCUUGUUCUCUACAACACAGAGGGUAUCUCCACUGAUACUGUCGGUACUGAUUAAACUACAAAGUGAUUACUAACUACAUGUCAAUAUGGGCAUCAUCGAGACAAAAAAACCCCAAUUCGUUCUUAUUUGUCUCAAGGCUCGCAUUCAACUUUUUUGGAUUCUGAGAAGUUAAGAAACCUUAUAUUGUUAUACUGGUAAUUUUAUUUUAUAGUUGUAUUGGCGUCCUUAUCAUUGGUGUGGACGAUAGAAAUGAAGUGAAAUGAAUCGUUUACAUUACGAACAACUAAAAAACGCAAGUCGUGUCAAUUUUAGUCAAGCGUAAUUCUUUAGUAUUCCAAAUAUUCUGAGCCGAAAUUUAUUGCUGAAAUCACUUCGGCAGCACAACAGCACCUCGGCGAAACAAUCUGCGUUAAGUAGGUUUCACAUAUGAAUCUUAGAGAGAAUUUCUGCAUGUUUUUGAGAACGUAUUCAUCACGACAGCUAGUGGCAUGUUGGACCUUAAGAGCAAGAAAUAGCAUUAGUAACUUUAGUGUUAUCUUCACAAUUUGACUGUUAGUUAAACCGGUUGGAAUUGAGAGCAACCAUUAGCCUGUGCAUACGAUGUCUCACGCUUGUUGGUCCAUCACACCGCUCAAGCACCCAACCCACUGUUGUUAUAUGCAGUCAGGCAGCUCCGUCGGUCAGACAGUCAAUUUUCCAUUGAUGGUCGCGAGAUUCAAAUAUUGUUUGAACUUUAGGUUUCCGCAGACUAGCCCGUGUGUACAAAUGACGCUUGCUGAUAACUACUAAGUUAGGUAUUUUGGAGUCAUCGGGCUGCACCAAGGUCAAUGAAAACAAAUGAACUGAUCUUAACUGGGGACACCUGCUUUCUGGUUUGAAAUGAAAUCAGGCCAGAUCACACAAAUGCCGCACUCGAAGAUUCCCUUGGGCGGGUAAUAUAGCAGCAAGAGCUUAAGGAUUUUCUUCGACGGAAGACGUCUUAGCGGGGGAAGCAAAAGUAGGUGGACUUAUUCAUAAAAUGUCGGCUGAAAUCGCGAAAGGCGUUUUCGUUUCGAAAAUAUUAAUUAAGUGGUGUUGGAAAACUAAUCACCAUACGGAAUAGGAUUAUAAUAAUCCAGUUACAACAAGUCUUCAUCUUCAACAAAAAUUCUUUGCAGCUGCAUAAAAAACUAUGCUGAGCAUAAAAUACCUGCAACGUUAUCAUGCAUUUGCUGAUAGAAACGAACAGGCGAGUUCCAGGUGGCAGUUCAGAAGAGGAAGAUGAUAUCACUGGAACAAGAAAUGUAUUUGCCUGACGUUUCGGAUUCUCACUCGAAUCCGUCAUCAAAGACAUUCGCAGAUAAAGGUGAUGGCGAUACCAGAAGUGCAGUAUUUAUAGCACGUGGCUGCCGUGGGACCGUAUGCGCACUGCAAUUAACAGUUCUCGCAAUCACUGCUGGGGUCGUAAUUGAUGCGGUGGUGCCUUGUCAGUCCGAUUCCGAGUCGUUAAUUGCGGCAAUUUAAUCAUCCGUGCUGGAUGUUGGUGUGACGAUUGCUCGGCAAACUAGCUCACUGUCACUGUGAUAAUUGGUCGCCCGCGCCCUCCCCACGUGUCUGAUUCUCCUACCCAGGGAAAAUCGCAGUACGCUAUAGGGUAGCGGGAGGUCAUUGUGCUUAUUGAUGGAUUGCGGGCCUGAGAACCAUAACUCGAGCAGUUUGCGGCUCACGCGGUUGUCGCUACUUGCGAGGACUUCGGCCUCUUCAAAUUUGAAAAUAUGCCCCGGUCCCGUCGAGUGUACCGCCACCUGAGUCUUAGCGUCUCCCCGCCUCACUGCUGCUGAGUGCUCGGCAUUUCGCGUACGGAGUAAUCUCGCAGUUUCUCCGACAUAUUUGCUAUGUCCGCCGCUACACCAGAACCGGUAAACGAUUCCAGACGUUUCCUGCCGUGGCAGCGGGUCUUUUGGCCUUAUGGCUUGGCGUCUAAUGGUUGCUUUCGGCCUGUGUGCAACCCCAACUCCAGGUGGAGUGAGAAGACGCCGGACGGCUUUCGAGACGUUUUUAACGUACGAAGAGCCCACCGAAGUUUGGGGCGGUCGGAUUUGGUCUCUGGUGUCCUUUUCAUAUGCACUUGUUGAUAAAGUUGCGCGGGUAACCAUUGCCUCUCAUUACCCAUCGAGGAGAUUGCAAUUCAGCAGUUUUGUCUUCCAUUUCACUGCAGUGCGUCUCAACACGCCGGGAUAGUGCCCUUACGCAACUGCGUUUGUGACUGAUCGGGUGGUUGCUAUUGAAGUUCAGUAUUUGCGUCGUAUUAGCCGCUUUCCUGAACACUUUGGUUUUUAGGCCACCACAAUCUUUGCGGCAGACGAGGACAUCCAGGAAGGCCAGCUGAUUGUUUUCCUCCUCCUCCUCCUCCUCCUCCAUCGUAAAUUGAAUGUCUGGGAAGACGGCGUUGAGUUCUUCUUUGAAUGUCAGCACCUGAUGCCGUUCGAAGAUGUCGAAUGUGUCAUCCACAUACGGAGCCCAAAAUUUUGGUCGUAUUUUCGUCGUAUUUUUCUCGUAGGAGUAGUUCGAUGGUCUCGACCGCCAGGUCCUGUGGGCUUGAAGUAA